UUAGGUACUCUCUGAGGAGCUGUAGGAUACGCACACCACAUACAGCAACUGAAAAAUGGCAGCCGUGGACAAAGAUGUGGCCGAGAAGUUUCUGGACAGCAACCCUGACUUCGCCAAGCAGUACUAUGAUGCCAAGUUCCGCCCAAAGGUCAUCUCUGACCUUUUUAAAGACAACAAGACUUCCCAGGUGAACAUCAGCAGCUUCCAUGAGCUGAGCAUGGUGGAAGAGAGUGAGAUCAUAUUUGACAUGGUCAGAGACCUGCAGGACAACCUCCAGAUGGAGAAGGCCAUCUUUAAUUUCAUGAAACAUCUCAGCUUCAUGAUUCGGUCAGAGAAGAUGAGCCUGUUCAUGUACCGGAUGCGUAACGGCACGGCCGAGCUGGCCACGAGACUCUUCAACGUGCACAAGGACGCCACCUUGGAGGAGUGCCUGGUCCAGCCGGACAGUGAGAUAGUCUUUCCCAUGGACAUUGGCAUCGUGGGCCAUGUAGCCACCACCAAGAAGACUGUCAACAUUCCAGAUGUCUCACAGAGCAGCCACUACAGUGACUUUGUGGACCAGAUCCAAGAAUACCAGACCAAAAGUGUCCUGGCUACCCCCAUCAUGAACGGCAAGGAUAUGGUGGCUGUUAUGAUGGCUGUGAACAAGAUUGGAGCUCCACACUUCACUAAGCAGGAUGAAGAGACUCUGUUGAAGUAUCUCAACUUUGCGAACUUGAUCCUAAGAGUGUUCCAUCUGAGCUACCUUCACAAUUGUGAGACCAGAAGGGGACAGGUCCUGCUCUGGUCUGCCAGUAAAGUGUUUGAGGAGAUGACAGAUAUUGAGAGACAGUUCCACAAGGCCCUCUAUACCAUCAGGAAUUUCCUCAACUGUGAACGCUACUCUGUUGGCCUCCUGGACAUGACCAAGACUAAGGAAUUCUUUGACCUUUGGCCUGUGCUGAUGGGAGAGGUGCCUCAAUACGAUGGACCCAAGACUCCUGAUGGCAGAGAAAUAAACUUCUACAAAGUGAUUGACUACAUUUUACAUGGAAAAGAGGAGAUCAAAGUUAUACCGAACCCUGCUCCGGAUCACUGGGCUCUGGCCAGUGGCCUGCCCACCUACGUGGCUAAGGAGGGACUGAUCUGUAACAUUAUGAACGCAGCCCAAGAUGACUUCUUCAGCUUCCAAAAAGGGCCCGUAGAUAAAUCUGGCUGGACCAUUAAGAACGUGCUGUCCCUCCCCAUCGUGAAUAAGAAGGAAGAAAUAGUUGCAGUGGCCACCUUCUACAACAGGAAAGAUGGGAAACCCUUUGACGAGCAGGAUGAAACUCUAAUGGAGUCUCUUACCCAGUUCCUUGGCUGGUCUGUGCUCAACACUGACACCUAUGACAAGUGGAACAAGCUGGAGAACAGGAAAGACAUCUUCCAGGACAUGGUGCUGUACCACAUCAAGUGCAGGACGGAUGAGACCCAGAAUGUCUUGAAUACCAGAGAGAGGUAUGGAAAGGAGCCACAUGAGUGUGAAGAGGCUGACCUGGAAGCAAUCUUGUCUGAAGUUCUACCGCCCUCUACCAAGUCGGAGAUCUUUGAGUUUCACUUCUGUGACUUUGAGCACAGUCAUUUAGACCUGGUCAAGUUAGGCAUUAAGAUGUACUACGAGUUGGGUGUGGUGGACAAGUUCCAGGUCCCCCGCGAGACUCUCACCAGGUUCUGUUACUCCCUGAGUAAGGGCUACAGGCAGAUCACCUACCACAACUGGAGUCAUGGCUUCAACGUGGGCCAGACCAUGUUCACUCUGCUCAUGACAGGUGACCUGAAGCGUUACUACACAGACCUAGAGACCAUGGCCAUGGUAACAGCCGGCUUAUGCCACGAUAUCGACCACAGAGGCACAAACAACCUCUACCAGAUGAAGUCUGGAAACCCUCUCGCCAAGCUCCACGGCUCCUCCAUCUUGGAGAGACACCAUCUGGAGACUGGGAAGACCCUGCUGAGAGAUCCUGCCUUAAAUAUUUAUCAGAAUCUAAGUCGUGCUCAGCAUGAGCAUGUCAUACAUCUGAUGGACAUCGCCAUCAUCGCCACCGACCUCGCUCUCUACUUCAAGAAAAGAACCAUGUUCCAAAAGAUAGUGGACCAAUCGAAGACCUACGAGAGCUGGGAUGAUUGGACCAAGUACAUGACACAGGAGACCACUCGCAAGGAGAUAGUCAUGGCUAUGAUGAUGACAGCCUGUGAUCUGUCUGCUAUCGCCAAACCAUGGGAGAUCCAGAGCAAGGUGGCGCUGUCUGUGGCUGCAGAGUUCUGGGAGCAGGGUGACCUGGAGAGGACUGUGCUGGAGCAGCAGCCUAUUCCAAUGAUGGACAGGACUAAAUCAGCUGAUCUUCCCAAGAUGCAGUGUGGUUUCAUCGAUUUUGUGUGUGCUUUUGUGUACAAGGAGUUCUCCCGUUUCCAUGUGGAGAUCACUCCCAUGCUGGACCGCCUGCUGAACAACAGAAAGGAGUGGAAUGCUAUGAAGGAGGUGCACGAGGCCAAGCUGGCCGCUCUGGAGGUGGCCAAAGUGGACAAAGAGGAGGUAGCUGUUGCCGCCACCGCAGCCAUACAGGCGAGUGCAGCCGAAGCAGCCCCCCAGUCAAAGACCUGUGUUGUCAACUAGACUAGAGAGAUCCCAGUCCUGGACCAAAGUGACUGUUCUUCUCAGCACCAAGACAGGAACUUUCUGUCCCUGUACCCGAUAUCGGUUUACUAGAGCUGGUUAGCAUUAGCCUAGCAUAGCUUUACAGUAUACUGCACUGUGCUGUACACUGACUUAUAUAUGGAAGGAAUUGUAUCAGGCUACAGGAUCCACAGGAUGGAGCAGGGUGUGGACAAUGUCAAACACAGCCUAUUCUUGUACAAUGAAUGUGAAUACUUAGGUAUUUUAGUGGAAUUUACAAUGUACUGAUUGUACUCGUUGAUUAGGCAAUAUGAAAUUGACUUAGAAAUAUGGAAUUCAGCUAGAAAAAAAGUGGUUGGGUAUCAUUUCCAACAGCUAAACAUAUAUGUAGUAACCCAUCUUUGAUUUCAACAGUGUAUCCCUGUAUUUCAUUGAUUCUAUGCUACCCUAUCCUAUGGUUAUUAAUAAUGUACAUAAACCUGUAUUCAACUCUCUGCACUGGUCCCUCACUGCAGAAUUAAGUCUAGAGCAUUAGCAUCCACCCCCAGGAUAUAGUGUGCGUUACAGUGUGUGUGUGUGUGUGUGUGUGUGUGUGUGUGUGUUAACUGUCCCACUGGGGCCAUACAUAACAAUCUUACAAAACACAGAACGAUGCCCGGGAGGGUGGCAACCUAAUUGAGCACAGAGAAUGAGAACUGAUUGGAAGAGGGGAUCAGAAGGCGGGUUUUCCUUUCCUGUAGCGAAGAGCCGUGCGUCACCAAUAUACAACACUGCUACACACGCAGAAGUGAGCACACGUAAGCACUGUGCUAAGCACUGCAUUGUAGUGUCGUCACUCGUGAUGGUGACGCUGCUGCCUCUCUCUCUGUGUUUCACCAAUAGGGGAGAGCUGCAGUCAGGGUUGCCCGUAUAGGGCUGUGAUGCGCUGUGAUGCUCAGUGAGGCUCGUAGUGUCUCGUCCUGACACUAGGGCAGCGUAGCCGUGUAGAGGCUGAGGCUGCAGAGAAAUGAGUGACAUCCAGUUAGAGAGCAUCACACUGAUAUGUGAACCACAGGCAAAAAGAGUGGAAAAUUGGCCAGUGGUUCCUUAAGACAAAUUUAUAUGUUAGUCAUUUAGCAGACGCCCAUAUCCAGAGCGACCUACAGGAGCAUUUAGGGUUAAGUGCCUUGAUCAA